ACAUAUAAAUACUAAAUAAAGGCCUCGCCGAAGCUUUUAUUCAAGAUGAUGGCGAUCGGAUUUUUGGAUUUGCAUGGAAGUAGAUUUUUCAACACUGUUUUGUUUUGAGAAAGUUUUGAGAUUAAGUUGUAUUAAAGUGAGAGUUUAUAUAUAUGAGAAAAAGAAUAAUAUUUUAUGAGAUUGCUGUUGACACAUUUUAAUCAAACAUGGUGCUUCCUUUGACCCUUUUGCAAACAGCUCAGAAUCAUCCAAUGCUUGUAGAGUUAAAAAAUGGUGAAACCUACAAUGGUCAUCUUGUAAGCUGCGACAACUGGAUGAACAUCAACUUGAGAGAAGUGAUUUGCACAUCAAGGGAUGGCGACAGAUUUUGGCGCAUGCCACAAUGUUAUAUACGUGGGAGUACAGUGAAAUAUCUGCGUAUACCAGAUGAGGUGAUAGAUAUGGUGAAAGAAGACGCUUUGCAGAAGAAUAAACACAGAUCUCAAGGUGGAAAAGGACGAGGCGGCCGCGGUGGUGGGCGUGGACGAGGUGGCGGUGGACGUGGCGGAAGGGGCGGACGUGGGCGUGAUGGACACUGAUCGUUUACGCAACCACGAAACUGUUGCGUUAAUAAAAAGUUGCUGAUGUCAACUUUCUUGUGCUGUUUCAAAAGUUUAAGUACAGGUGGUUUUGGCCACACUACUGAGAACAAUUUGUUUAGUUACUGUUUUUGAAACGAUUUGUAUAUAGUUAUUUUACAAAAGUCAUAAUAGUAUCUCUAAUCGCGAUAUUUAGUCCGCGUAUAUUGGAACUUUGCAUACCUAUUCCUAGCACAUCUACCCAUCUUAACGAAAUCACCAUAUGUGUUUUUGUCAUCCAGUGUAAAUUGUAAGAUUUGCAGUGCUGUAUCUCUAUGGUGUACAAAACAAAACGCACCAGCAUGUGAUUAACAAAAAUUUUAAUACAUUUUAAUACAUUUAGUUAUCUGGCUAUAUUCCAUAUGCACGGGUUUUACAAGCCGGACCAAAAUUCAUCUGAACCUUAAAACUUCACACUAAAUUAAGUCAGAGAAACUUCGCUUAAUUGUCACCCCAGAUAUUUUGCUUAUCGGGACCAAUAUUUUAGUCCUAUUUCGUUUUAUGGAAAUUCAAUCCAGUAACUUUCAGAUCAGAGACACAAAUGAAUUUUCUGCAAUCGAAAUAGUGACUGAGGGUUUUGCUUCUAUUGUUCUUCACUCACGUGAUCAUUAUCGGGGAAUCCUUUCUUUUGAGAAGCAUUAUUGUUUGGUAUGGCGAUAUGUUGUCUAUGACAUCAUAGGCGUAUAAGAGCCCUGUGACGAGGUUGCUGGGAAUGUUUAAAUCGCGUGUCAAAGUGCCAAUCAAAAUUAAGUUUUGUUCUUUCCGUUAUUUUGUAUUUUGCCGCGCAUGAUAAAAGGAGGAAGAAACGCAGUUCUUGAAUUAAGCUGACAUUCCGCAAGUAUACUUUCCAAAUAUAGUGAAAUUCCGAUAAAGCAGAGACUGGCUCUAAGGUGGAGAAAGCAGACACCGUCAAAACCGGAAAGUUCCAUAAAACAGACAGUGGUACUUGGAACUAAGUAUAUGAUAACGUUUAGGAAGGAAGUGAGGUAGGUAAAGAGUUGGUAGUCGGUCAGUCAGCGGGUUCCUACUAUUCCAGGUGAUUGAUUGAAACUGCUGCGCUCUAUCUGCAUAGCUGUACCAACCUCGACCCGGGCUCUUUGCGUCUUUUAUACCAGGACGGCGAGAAAAAAAAAGCCCAGGGAUCGAGAGGUCAUACCUGUGCAUAUUUUUUAACAAAGUAUAAUUUUUAUUUUAUUUUACUUUCUACAUCUUUUUUUCUGUCUACAUUUUCAACUUUACACUUUUAUCUGCUGGCAAGAUUGCUGUAUCUGUUUUAGUCAGUCAUAGCGCAACAAAGUGAAAGUGGUUUCAUUUUUAUUAUUAUAUAAAAGAACAUAUAAAAUUUACAAUAAAAUACACGAAGCUUUUUGUAAAUAAAACUUUACAUCUUCAGGUAAGUAAUACUGCUAAUACAAUAAAGCCACUAUAUAUAUAAUAAAAUUUUUUUGCUGAAACUCUCAAAGGACUGUGAGAAUUUAAGAGUCCGCGAUAAAAUGUCAACCAUAAUAAUAGCCCUAUAACAAACUUCUCUGCAACUUUAAUUUUCGUUAUUUGCUUCUGAACCGUUAUGUUAAAAAUGGCAGCGUAUUGUUAUUGUAGAAAGUUUUUUAUAAUAGUUAAUUAAGAAUAAUUGACGGUGACUGAGUACUUGCUCGAAUUAUAGAAAUAUUCGAAUUAGGAGGGAGUCAACUGUGCAUUGUAAUAUAAACUCAUAUACAAACGCAUUCCCGUCCCAAGUGCUCUUUGGCAUAAACGUCGGUUUUACUCCAAAGAGAGCUCUUCAGACAAGAAUAAAAUAAAUGUCUAAGAAUCCCGGAAACGUCAUUUGAAAAAUCACUUAAAUCGCUAGAGGAUUGUAUUACACUGAACUCAAAAAAUAUUCGUAUAUGUAAAAAUGCCACGUGAAUUUAAGAGUCCGCGAUAAAAUGUCAACCAUAAUAAUAGCCCUAUAACAAACUUCUCUGCAACUUUAAUUUUCGUUAUUUGCUUCUGAACCGUUAUGUUAAAAAUGGCAGCGUGUAUUGUGCUUUUCUAAGAAUUUAAACAAAAGAGGUUCAUUAAUUAUUUAUAAACUAUGAAGCGUGAUGGCAAUCGAGAUUUUUGUGUUGCUAGCUCGACUGAUAACAACGUUUAUUGGAAAUGUCGCUGUAUAUUUUGUUGGGGUUUUAAGAUGGUUUGAUUUAUUUAGUGUGGAAUUAUUAAACCUUGAAAAAUCACAAAGUUUAUUUCUUGUGUUAAUCUGUUUUUAUCUGUUUGUUUUUUGUUGAUUUUUUUUAUUUAUUUAUGCUACCACUUUUCGCGCUACGUUAUGUUUUUGCUUUGCAUUAAGCAUUUCUGUAGGUAGAAAACCGGAGCAACAGACCACAGAAGUAAAAAAGAAAAAUAUUCGCUUGAAAUGGAAGAAUGUUUUUCUUAAAGAUGAGAUUAAAGUUAAAAAAAUUAUUUCUGUGCAUUUUAGACCAUGUGCUUCCAGAAAUUAGUAUGAAUUUGAAUAAAAGGUAUUUUACUCAUUUGUUUUGCAAGUAAAAAACGUGUACGCAUGAACCUACAAGAACGUUUGCGCAUGCACAAAAAUCCACGAUGUUCUGCAUACUUUUGUAAACAAUAACUACUUUUCGUGAUAACAAGGCUAGAUACACUAGCAUUGAUUUAUCUGUUCGUGUAUUGCAUUUAAAUUUACAAUUCGCUCCUUAAAAGCAACUCGUGGCUUUUAUAUACUAUGUUAUAAAAAAUAAUCUUAUGAUUCGUGAGGUGGAUUUAAUAAUGUAGCAACUCAGAGCUUGUCACUUAUCCAGUCUCAUUUGUAACGAGUCUAUUUUUUAUUUAUCUUUAGUCGAUGACAAUAAAUAUGUGUUGUGGUGAUAUAUGUUGUCGUGUGCAUAUAGCUUAAACAUUAACAUUCUAAUAACAGUGCCACGGCUGGGCUUACCCACAUAUGCUUUUAAAAGGAAAACAUUUUCUCCUGCGCAGAGAUGAGAUAUCAUUGCGGUGGAGUGCUCGUCUGUAACUAUAAACUCUUUAUUAUAUGAUUAAUACUUAUUUAGCUCUUCUUUCUUUAUGACAUUUACUCACAUCACUACGUGGUGUAAACACUAACCAAUCUCAUUCUCAGAUUCUUUUUGCUUUUUGAUAUGUAACUAGCAAAAAAGGAGCUCAUUGGACGACAUUGAACACUGUAAUGUUUUUGAAAGCCAGCGAAAUCAGAAUAACGUCUGAUUUUUUUCUUAUAUAUCAACUACAAUUUAGAAACAUUUCUCAUUUUUUCAUGAUUGUCGCGAACAGUCAUUUGCAAGUUUUACAAGGAGCCUUGCUUAUAAGAACACCGAGGCCGCAUUUUGUCAAGAAGCUUAUUGUCUGCUGGAUAUCCGGAUUAUUAUUAGCUUUCAUCUCAUCUUUAAGUUUGUUAUUGUCUAACUGUUAUUGUCUAUAAAAAGUCAACAAAUCUCAGAAAAGCUUACACGCAACAAGACAGGGUACACGCUUUUUCCUUUUAAGAAUGUGUUUUAUAAGAACAUCAGGCUGGAAUUUCAGGUUAAAAACAAUAGGUCUAUUGUUUAGAACAAUACAGAAUGGGAACCCGCUAGAAUUUUAGAAUAACAUAAUUUUUAUAAAAAAAGCGUGUAAAGUCAAAACACGAAUCGAUUUUUACUUAAAUACAAAUUCCUUAAUGUUUUCAUACUUGAUAGACAAAAACCUUGGUUUAGAAACUUUCGAGUUUCUCAUUCAUAUCUUAUUCAGAACGUUAUUCUAUUGUCCUUUUUCUGACCGUGCACAACUCAAUUUCACAUUGCGCAUAUUAAGUUUCAUAAGAAGUUCAGAAUAGUGUAUCAGUAAAGUAAUUAUUUUUAUGAUAUAGAAGUAUUUUUUAACCAAUAAAAAUGUUAUCGUAUAUUGAAGAGAGUUAAUCUUAUAAUUUUACAAAAAAAUUAAGUCCAGCUAUUCUCGCAUAAUCACAAAAAAUGUUAAGGGAAAAAUGUUUUCGAUUUUUCUCGACUGUUCGUAUACAUAAUUUAAUAACGUGAAUAAAUUCAUUUUUGUGUCUAUGAAACAAAAUUAUCAUGCUUAAGUAAGUGCGGAAAUAAUAAUACUAUAACCUGUUCCUAUAACAUUAUAUUGUGCGGUCCAAAAUAUAAACUCUUUUUAUAAGAAUAAUUGUAGACUCAGAAUCAUACAAAUUCUAGUUGAUGUAUGCUUUAUUUUAUGGAGUUUCAACCCACCUCUACUCUUGCAACGUUUUUCACAAAUUUCGCACAUAAACGAACCUGGUUCAAUCUAUAAAUUAAUAAGAAAUUAGCUGGAUCUUUUUAAAAGCUACAGUUUUAUUAACAAAAGUCAGAUAAAGUUAGCUAGUUAGCUUGCUAAGCGUGAAUUUAUGAUAAUACAUUUUCUUAUAAAUUACAAAAAGUACUUACAUUUUCAGCGAUAGAUUCUAUUUCAUCUUCUGGUAUUUCAUUUUCUUUUAACUCUUUAUCAAAAUCGUCGUCUAUAGUAAAAAGUGUCUUACUCAUGCAAUGUUUUCUCUUGUCGCUCUGCCAUUUUUGAAUCAGCGUGCACGGUUAGCUUAAAAAUGCGCACUUUCAACAUCAGCGAAAAAUUGAUCUUUGGCUCUUUGAAGUUUACCGAUUUUCUAAACCAGGGUUUUUGUCUAUCAACUAUGAUGUUUUUAACGAAUUGUCUCACUCACCCAAACAUAAUUAACAUCCCUCCGACUUUUAGUACAAAGGUUCUUUUAUACCAGGACGGCGAGAAAAAAAAAGCCCAGGGAUCGAGAGGUCAUACCUGUGCAUAUUUUUUAACAAAGUAUAAUUUUUAUUUUAUUUUACUUUCUACAUCUUUUUUUCUGUCUACAUUUUCAACUUUACACUUUUAUCUGCUGGCAAGAUUGCUGUAUCUGUUUUAGUCAGUCAUAGCGCAACAAAGUGAAAGUGGUUUCAUUUUUAUUAUUAUAUAAAAGAACAUAUAAAAUUUACAAUAAAAUACACGAAGCUUUUUGUAAAUAAAACUUUACAUCUUCAGGUAAGUAAUACUGCUAAUACAAUAAAGCCACUAUAUAUAUAAUAAAAUUUUUUUGCUGAAACUCUCAAAGGACUGUGAGAAUUUAAGAGUCCGCGAUAAAAUGUCAACCAUAAUAAUAGCCCUAUAACAAACUUCUCUGCAACUUUAAUUUUCGUUAUUUGCUUCUGAACCGUUAUGUUAAAAAUGGCAGCGUAUUGUUAUUGUAGAAAGUUUUUUAUAAUAGUUAAUUAAGAAUAAUUGACGGUGACUGAGUACUUGCUCGAAUUAUAGAAAUAUUCGAAUUAGGAGGGAGUCAACUGUGCAUUGUAAUAUAAACUCAUAUACAAACGCAUUCCCGUCCCAAGUGCUCUUUGGCAUAAACGUCGGUUUUACUCCAAAGAGAGCUCUUCAGACAAGAAUAAAAUAAAUGUCUAAGAAUCCCGGAAACGUCAUUUGAAAAAUCACUUAAAUCGCUAGAGGAUUGUAUUACACUGAACUCAAAAAAUAUUCGUAUAUGUAAAAAUGCCACGUGAAUUUAAGAGUCCGCGAUAAAAUGUCAACCAUAAUAAUAGCCCUAUAACAAACUUCUCUGCAACUUUAAUUUUCGUUAUUUGCUUCUGAACCGUUAUGUUAAAAAUGGCAGCGUGUAUUGUGCUUUUCUAAGAAUUUAAACAAAAGAGGUUCAUUAAUUAUUUAUAAACUAUGAAGCGUGAUGGCAAUCGAGAUUUUUGUGUUGCUAGCUCGACUGAUAACAACGUUUAUUGGAAAUGUCGCUGUAUAUUUUGUUGGGGUUUUAAGAUGGUUUGAUUUAUUUAGUGUGGAAUUAUUAAACCUUGAAAAAUCACAAAGUUUAUUUCUUGUGUUAAUCUGUUUUUAUCUGUUUGUUUUUUGUUGAUUUUUUUUAUUUAUUUAUGCUACCACUUUUCGCGCUACGUUAUGUUUUUGCUUUGCAUUAAGCAUUUCUGUAGGUAGAAAACCGGAGCAACAGACCACAGAAGUAAAAAAGAAAAAUAUUCGCUUGAAAUGGAAGAAUGUUUUUCUUAAAGAUGAGAUUAAAGUUAAAAAAAUUAUUUCUGUGCAUUUUAGACCAUGUGCUUCCAGAAAUUAGUAUGAAUUUGAAUAAAAGGUAUUUUACUCAUUUGUUUUGCAAGUAAAAAACGUGUACGCAUGAACCUACAAGAACGUUUGCGCAUGCACAAAAAUCCACGAUGUUCUGCAUACUUUUGUAAACAAUAACUACUUUUCGUGAUAACAAGGCUAGAUACACUAGCAUUGAUUUAUCUGUUCGUGUAUUGCAUUUAAAUUUACAAUUCGCUCCUUAAAAGCAACUCGUGGCUUUUAUAUACUAUGUUAUAAAAAAUAAUCUUAUGAUUCGUGAGGUGGAUUUAAUAAUGUAGCAACUCAGAGCUUGUCACUUAUCCAGUCUCAUUUGUAACGAGUCUAUUUUUUAUUUAUCUUUAGUCGAUGACAAUAAAUAUGUGUUGUGGUGAUAUAUGUUGUCGUGUGCAUAUAGCUUAAACAUUAACAUUCUAAUAACAGUGCCACGGCUGGGCUUACCCACAUAUGCUUUUAAAAGGAAAACAUUUUCUCCUGCGCAGAGAUGAGAUAUCAUUGCGGUGGAGUGCUCGUCUGUAACUAUAAACUCUUUAUUAUAUGAUUAAUACUUAUUUAGCUCUUCUUUCUUUAUGACAUUUACUCACAUCACUACGUGGUGUAAACACUAACCAAUCUCAUUCUCAGAUUCUUUUUGCUUUUUGAUAUGUAACUAGCAAAAAAGGAGCUCAUUGGACGACAUUGAACACUGUAAUGUUUUUGAAAGCCAGCGAAAUCAGAAUAACGUCUGAUUUUUUUCUUAUAUAUCAACUACAAUUUAGAAACAUUUCUCAUUUUUUCAUGAUUGUCGCGAACAGUCAUUUGCAAGUUUUACAAGGAGCCUUGCUUAUAAGAACACCGAGGCCGCAUUUUGUCAAGAAGCUUAUUGUCUGCUGGAUAUCCGGAUUAUUAUUAGCUUUCAUCUCAUCUUUAAGUUUGUUAUUGUCUAACUGUUAUUGUCUAUAAAAAGUCAACAAAUCUCAGAAAAGCUUACACGCAACAAGACAGGGUACACGCUUUUUCCUUUUAAGAAUGUGUUUUAUAAGAACAUCAGGCUGGAAUUUCAGGUUAAAAACAAUAGGUCUAUUGUUUAGAACAAUACAGAAUGGGAACCCGCUAGAAUUUUAGAAUAACAUAAUUUUUAUAAAAAAAGCGUGUAAAGUCAAAACACGAAUCGAUUUUUAUCGUAUAUUGAAGAGAGUUAAUCUUAUAAUUUUACAAAAAAAUUAAGUCCAGCUAUUCUCGCAUAAUCACAAAAAAUGUUAAGGGAAAAAUGUUUUCGAUUUUUCUCGACUGUUCGUAUACAUAAUUUAAUAACGUGAAUAAAUUCAUUUUUGUGUCUAUGAAACAAAAUUAUCAUGCUUAAGUAAGUGCGGAAAUAAUAAUACUAUAACCUGUUCCUAUAACAUUAUAUUGUGCGGUCCAAAAUAUAAACUCUUUUUAUAAGAAUAAUUGUAGACUCAGAAUCAUACAAAUUCUAGUUGAUGUAUGCUUUAUUUUAUGGAGUUUCAACCCACCUUUACUCUUGCAACGUUUUUCACAAAUUUCGCACAUAAACGAACCUGGUUCAAUCUAUAAAUUAAUAAGAAAUUAGCUGGAUCUUUUUAAAAGCUACAGUUUUAUUAACAAAAGUCAGAUAAAGUUAGCUAGUUAGCUUGCUAAGCGUGAAUUUAUGAUAAUACAUUUUCUUAUAAAUUACAAAAAGUACUUACAUUUUCAGCGAUAGAUUCUAUUUCAUCUUCUGGUAUUUCAUUUUCUUUUAACUCUUUAUCAAAAUCGUCGUCUAUAGUAAAAAGUGUCUUACUCAUGCAAUGUUUUCUCUUGUCGCUCUGCCAUUUUUGAAUCAGCGUGCACGGUUAGCUUAAAAAUGCGCACUUUCAACAUCAGCGAAAAAUUGAUCUUUGGCUCUUUGAAGUUUACCGAUUUUCUAAACCAGGGUUUUUGUCUAUCAACUAUGAUGUUUUUAACGAAUUGUCUCACUCACCCAAACAUAAUUAACAUCCCUCCGACUUUUAGUACAAAGGUUAGGUGUAUGCGUUUAAUUUUUGUGCUGACGUUUUACGAGAACGCGCGAAAAUAAAUACGCGCGGAUAUUAGUACGAUUAAGGUAAUGCGGUAAAUAUACUUGUUGGUGUACGAUUUACAGAUUAUAGGUUAUCAGAAAUAGCACGAGAUAGAACAGUAUCAAGAUGGUUAAAAGAAACACUGUUAAACUCGAUAUUCGGAACAACACUCCCUUUCCCAUGAUGUACCACAACAUGCAUUUCGGAUCAGGACGAGUUGCAGAUCAUUUUUCUUGGCCGAAAGUGAUAAACAAAAACGAAAAUCAUACUAUCGUUUGUUAUGAGAGAGACUGGGCGCUGUCGGGUUGCUCAGGAUACGUGCAAUAUGUCAUGAAUGGCAAUAUAGUUACGAUAGCGUUUUCCAAUCCCAGUGCUGGUACAAAUAAAGUCGGAGUUGGAGUUCAAGAAACCGGAGAAUCGGUAUGGGAUAAUAUAAGCAGUCACGACUAUCAAGAUUUUCAGAUCGACAUAAAAGUUGGGAACGUUCCUGUGAUAGUGCAUUGCAAAUGUUCAGGCGGGACAACGAACGAAGCAAGUGUUGUCUUCCACCUCCCUUAUUCAUACCAACAAAACAAUCAACCAUGUCCGCCCGGCUAUUCACCCUACCCUUAACAAUGCAAAAGACAAUCUGAGAAUAUGACAUCGCUGAUUGUGCAGACAGGUGUUGUAAUUCUCGUCUUAGUAGUUAGUAUGUAUUAUGUGAAAAAAAAAUAAGUCAGAAAAAAUAAAGUACUAAAAAUA